AUGGUUAUAUCAGCCAGAAUUUGUAUCAAAAGAUCCUAUACAACCUCAUGUAUUGCCUACGCUCAAACAUUCAAACCCCAAUCAAUUCAAGAAACCCACAAUGUCACUCAAUUCGACAUGUUCGAAGUCAACUCCAAACUCAAGGAGCUCGUAAAAUCAGAUAGGUUGAGUGACGCCCGCCAACUGUUUGAUAAAUUACCUCACAGAGAUGAAAUCACAUGGACCACCAUAAUAUCUGGCUACGUAAAGACCUCCAAUUCAUCUGAAGCCUUGUCUUUAUUCUCCAACAUGUGGGUCGACCCCUCUCAACGAAUGGACCCCUUCGUAUUCAGUCUAGCACUCAAGGCAUGCGCUCUCAGUUUCAGUGCUAAACAAGGCGAAUCACUUCAUGGGUACUCAGUAAAAACCGAUCUCGUUAGUUCCGUCUUUGUAGGCAGCGCUCUUUUAGACAUGUAUAUGAAAACCGGGAAAGUAAACGAAGGCUGUAAAGUGUUCGAUGAAAUGCCUAUAAGAAAUGUGGUCUCGUGGACUGCAAUUAUAACUGGGUUAGUUCGUGCUGGUUUCAACACCGAAGGGAUCUCAUAUUUUUCUAACUUAUUACAAAAUGGUAUGUCAUAUGAUUCCUACACAAUAGCUAUCGCAUUAAAAGCAUGUGCAGAUGCUUGUUUAUUACGUAGUGGUAAAGAAAUUCACACACAAACAUUGAAGAAAGGUUUUGAUACAACAUCAUUUGUGGCCAACUCUCUUACCACCAUGUAUAACAAAUGUGGAAAAGGUGAAUACGCGUUACACUUAUUUGAUAAAAUCAAAACAAAAGAUGUUGUUUCAUGGACAACAAUGAUCACAUCAUAUGUUCAAACGGGUCAAGAACAUAACGCGAUUAACGCGUUCUUGCGUAUGCAAGAAUCAGAGGUGAGUCCUAACGAGUACACUCUGGCAGGACUCAUCUCUGCUUGUGCAAAUCUUGCACGGAUAGAUUUCGGUACACAAUUUCACGCGCGUGUUUUACGUAGUGGUUUUAUAAAGUUUAUGUCGGUGGCUAAUUCCAUCAUGACAAUGUAUUCAAAAUGUGGAAAGUUAGAUUCAUCAUCAAUAGUUUUUCAAGAAAUGAGACAAAAAGAUAUUGUUUCAUGGAGCACUAUAAUUGGAGGACAUGCUCAAAUGGGUUUUGGAGAUGAAGCUUUUAAGUAUCUUUCUUUAAUGAGAAACGAAGGAUUAAAACCGAAUGAAUUUGCUUUUGCUAGUGUUUUAAGCGUAUGUGGGACCAUGGCGAUUCUUGAUUUAGGCAAACAACUUCAUGCUCAUUGUCUAUGUGUAGGUCUUGAUCAUGAACCCAUGGUUCAAAGUGGUUUAAUCAAUAUGUAUUCGAAAUGUGGGUCCAUUUUAGAAGCUUUAAAGGUUUUCAAUGAGGUUAAAUGUAACGAUAUUGUGUCAUGGACUGCAAUGGUCAACGGGUACGCAGAACACGGGUUGAGUCAACAAGCUAUUGACCUCUUCGAGCGGCUCAUUGGGUCCGGUUUAAAACCGGACGGAAUCACAUUCAUUGGGGUUCUAACCGCGUGUAGCCACGCGGGUUUAGUUGACUUAGGCUUUCGAUACUUUGACCUAAUUAAAAAAUAUAACCUAAGUUUAUCUAAAGAACAUUAUGGUUGUAUGAUCGAUUUACUUUGUAGAUCGGGUCGAUUACGUGAGGCUGAAAACAUGAUAAAUGACAUGCCGUUUAGUGGCGAUGAUGUUGUGUGGUCAACCGUGUUGAGAGCUUGUAGAUUACACGGUGAUGUUGACUUUGGGCGGCGGGCAGCCGCCAAGGUUCUUGAGAAAACCCCAAAUUGCCCUUCGACUUAUAUUACUUUGGCGAAUUUGUAUUCGGCUAAAGGGAGGUGGAAAGAAGCGGCAGAUUUGAGGAGAUUAAUGAGGAUAAAAGGUGUUGUUAAGGAACCGGGGUGGUCUUGGAUUAAGGUUAAAGAUUGUGUUUUUGCAUUUUCGGCGGGAGAUCAUUCGCAUCCUCAAUGGGAAGAUAUAGAUUGUGUUUUGAGGUUAUUGUCUUUAAGGAAAGAGAAAGACUUGUUGCUAUACAACAUUGAUGAAGUUGAGAAGAUUUGGAACUCGGAUAGAGACCUUGAAACUCUUUUUUGA